AUAAUUAUCAACAGCAUCUCUUGUCCCUUUACGGUGUUGCUGAACGUAUUGGUCAUAAUGGCAGUAAAGAAGCGUCCAAGCCUACAGAGCAACACAAACAUCCUGCUUUCUUGUUUAGCGGUAACUGAUCUGUUGACUGGUUUAAUAGUGCAACCAUCGUUCGUCGCUUGGAAAAGCUUUUACGUUCUAAAAAACGUCAACGUUACUGCAUUCGUGGAGGUUCAGAACUACUUUUUACGCUUUCUUACAAUUAGUUCAUCUCUUCAUUUGAUGUUAGCAACUUGCGAGAGGUUGCUAGCCGUUAAAUAUACAAACUAUUAUUCAUACAUAGUCAGAAAGCGAAACAUUAAGGUAUCGGUUCUUGCAGUUUGGUCCUUUUCAUUUAUAAUUGGAGUAUUAAGUUUCGUAAAAUCCGACAUUUCAAAAUAUUCAAUGAAAACUUUACAUUUCUUUGCGCUGUCUUUCAGUAUUAUGUUUAUUGUUGUAACUUACAUUAUUUUGUAUCGCGAAACUCUUCGCCAUCGAAAAAGGAUCAGAACUCAACAGCUUCCACAAACUGAAAUUGAAAGAUUCGUAAAAGAAAACAAAGCACUGAAGACAACUGUACUUGUGGUUGGUGCCGUCCUGUUAUGUUUCUUACCCAUGACUGUAUAUCAGCUCUUAACAACAGUAUUAUCCAAGCAAAAUCAACUCCUCCUUUUUGCUUCUGGAGAAAUGAGGGAAAUUCUUAGUAUCGUGAUUCGAACGCCUGGCAUGUUAAACUCUCUUGUAAAUCCACUGAUUUACUGUAUGCGCCAGAAAGAAAUGAGAAAGUUUGUAUUUAGUUUGCGGUUUUCCCACGCCAUUAACCCUGUAAACUAAGACAACAAGUAGUUUGUCUGUGUGUAAAUUGAUAGGAACUGUGAAAAAUAAAUGUUAAAGUUUGCAUAACAGAGCAGAGAUUUUGGCAUAUUAAACCACAUGGUUCAAAAAUUAUACUGAACCAUUCUGGUUACCGCCAUAAUGAAAACUAUCUCCAUCAGAGCAUUUUGUCAAUGACAUAUUCCAUUUUCGCUAAAUCUAACGUAUCCUUGGCUCGGAGACCCAGGGGAUACGGUGGAUCUUCCUUAAAGACAGAAAUACUGACCCUAGAAAUCAGUAACCUACUAAAGAGACCUAGAACUUCGCAAAGUGGUGUAGUGGAGGAUUUGAUGAUGUAUAUACCAGGAACCAGGUUAUUUCAGAUUUCGGCUUCUGUGUAUACGUAGAAUGGAAGAAUUCUUCUACUGUAAUCAACCUUCAUGCAUAGUGGUUUUUUUUUGCUGUAAACAUGCGACUUUUUUCGCUUGCUGUGAGAGUUUUUUCCCUCAAAAGGUAAAGAGAUGCAGAAGGCUCCUAAAGUUAAGUAGGGAUUUGAAACUUACAGUUUGUUAGUUUAAAUUUAAUUGUUUUUAUUAUAAGUAUUAAAACGGAAGCAUCGCUUUUAGCCCUGGCUAAAUCUAUAUUAAACAUUACACAGCUAUAGACACUUCGUCCUUACAGAGUCAUGAACCUGGUCUGUCCGGACAGGUCUUCCCAGUUCCUAGUCUUGACGAUCAUUCAUUUUGCUUAGCACUAUUUCAAAUGCCUUUAAUGGCAAUUAUCCCAACUGCUCAAUUUAUCUUUUGUCAAACGCCCGGGGAAUUCUCGUGGAAUCGAAAUUUUACGGACCCCAAGCAAGUUUAGACUGAAAAACAGAGAGUAAAUUUUACAUGCAUCCUCCAUGAAACGUUGUCAUAUUAGCGCAGUCAUGCCGUGACAGAAAAGAAAAUAUACCCAGAAAGUGCGAUAGACGCACUCAGAGUCUUCGUUUUUCUUUUUAAUUUGGUUAAACGUUAUUAAAACUGUAUCGGUUUGAUUAUUUUCGCUAUUUACAUCUGACUGGAUUUGUUAAAACGUGGCUAAAGAAAUUUCAAGUUCAUUUUAACUAUUUGACAUCUGAGUGGAAUGGGAAGUAGUUAAAAGUCACUAGCUGAAGCUAAACAAUGACAGCAUUAUUGCUGGCAAUAGACGGUAAAGUUCUCUCGCAGAAGUAACAGGAUUUUGCGAUGAAAUAAACAACCCUUGCAACGCCCAGAAAUUGUAAUCUUUUAGUCAGUCAAACCGUGAGGCCCACAGCUCAGUGUCGGCCGAAAACAGAUUAAGAAUCCACAAUCUUUAAGCACAUAAUAGGCUUUCUAAGAGAAAUCACCUAAACUAAACACUCACGAAGCGUUUUUAUGCUUGGCACAAAGUAUUCUGGUAACACGAGCUCAACCGCACAUACCUGAGAUUUGUCUGCCUUGUCUGUCAACACUUUCGGUAAAUCACACAAUAAAUGACUUUCGCGGCAAUCCCAACACUUUCGAAAACCACUCAUAAUACUUCCACACUCAACAGGGCAAAACAUCGUCAAAUUACUCCGUAAAACUCUCGCUUUCUCCACGUAAAUCGUCACAUGGAACUUUUCGCGACUCAUAGACAGUCGAUUUAUUCAAAAUCCCGCAUGUAAACCAGCGGUUGAAGAGGAGACAUACAGCCCCCGCCUUCAAACAAUUUUUUACUAAGUGUUUGGCCUGGUCAGAAAUCAGCAUGAAUUUCCAUCUUGCCGAAUAGAUUUCAACCCUAGAACUUAGAGAUAUAAAAAAGUCAAUAGGCUAUUUGCCCGAUAACGAUUUUGACAAAAAAUUUCCGCAAGCGCUUGUCGGAAGAAAAAAAAUGCAUGCAGCACAAAUGUAAUAGAGAGCUUAUGGGAAAAAAAGGGAAAAAAAUAUCCUGCCCACCAUAUUGCUAGAAAAAAAAAUUCUUGAUGACCAGAAAACACCCACCCCCACCCUCAAGAGUUAAAUGGUCGGCCCCUAAUAUGCACAAGAAAGCAAAACCCUGAAGGAUUCUGGUAGUAGUAGUAAAAUGAUGUCAUCGGUCAAACGGCCUAUCAAACAGAAUACAAUCUAAUCGUUCGUACUUGCGCUAUAGCAUCCAUAAAACAUAAAUACCAUUGUUAUUCAUUUAGAAUAUUUCUCCGCUUCUGAUUGGCUCAAAUGUCUUCAUAACCAGCUAGCAUUGUUCAAAUUUGGACGACGAUGCGAUAUUCGAUGAAAAUGACAUCAAACGGAGCAGGAUUACUUAACUGCAGAAAAAGGCAUAGUAACGGAGAAGCCCUGGAGAAAGGGUUGCUUUAGCUCAGCUGCUUUAGUAUUGAGCUAGAAAAAAUGGCGGAAAAUGUCACUCGUUUUGCUAAGAUGAUUAGCCGAACUAGACCGAACUACUGCUUAAAAAAUAUAGCAAGACCAGCAAAAAAUAAUACAACUCGACGGAUGACAACUGCCAUUUAAAGAAUAUCUGGUAGCUGACUCAAGACUCACUACAAACAUCCCUUUAAGUCCAGAAUUUGCCCCGGACGUAACAGGCAAAUCAAGACAGGUUUUUUACAUUGAUCGAAGUAAGCAAGUUUUUUAAGUAUGAAUUCUUUGAAAUGAAUAAUAGAACAAUUAUUGAAUCGGUUAAUUAUCAUACGUUUCUGGGAAACUGCCCACCUACCCUUCCCCUAAGCCAACAUUACGCUAAGUGAGAAGUAAGUGUUAAUGUUGGCUUAGGGGAGGGGUAGGUAGGCGGUAUAAUGGUCCGAAUCGGUUUUGUUAUGAUCUGAGGAAUAGCCCAUUUUACACACAGGUUGAAAAAAGGUGUUUCCGUUUCCGUUUUUGUAACGGUUAUCUAACGGAAACCUGAAUAUCCGCGGACGGAAUUGUAACGGGGAACACGUGUAUCCGUCAUGUUUCAGUUUCUGCGGACACGCUUAAACGCAUCCCUUAUACUCGCGUUUCCGUCAGGUUUACUCUUGCGGAAACGCUAACUGCCGUCAUGUUUCCGCAGCUCGUAAAUUCAGAGGAUACUCAAUUAUCCGUUGAGUUUCCGGAACAAUGAAUGCGGAAACUCAGUUUGACCGGUUUACUUUCUGCAGCCUUCAUGUUUCCACAUAUUCCGCUUUCGGUGGAUUAUUCACUGGAUUUCCUAAAUGUGUUAACUUUCCUUAACCACCCAGUUUCGAAUCAUAUGUUCAUUCUAUCCGGUAUAUAAAAAAGUGGACGUUUGUGAGACAACCCUGGACCGUUUCAUGCAUCCACAAUGACCCAUUUUCGCUGAUACACACAAAUCAAGCUGAGUCAUAUUUAGGUGCAUUUUGGUAUUAAAGUUUUUAUUAAAAUAAUUCUAUCUCCAUUUUCAUAUAAUAUGUACAUAUGUAUAUUAAAUAUUUUCACAAUAAAAAGAGACUCCUUACAAUGUAUUCCUAUUUUCUAUAUCCAAAACUGUAACUUUUCAAUUUCAAUAGGCCACUUCCAAGUUCCAAAAACCCUCACUUUCAAAAUGAGGCGAGGUGCGCAACCUUUCUUGUGAAAUGAGUUUUACUUGCACGAGAAUGAAAAAUGAUUUCCAUAUCAAAGGCUGAGCACUUAACCUCGUUUUGAAACACAGGCCCUGGGAACUCGGAAAUGGCCUAUUAAAUAAUCCUUUUAGAAUUGACAAAAUUCAAAAUUUUUUCCUUGAAAUGAUUAGAUUAACAUAAUAAUUAUACAGUCUAACCUCUUCUUAUGGACACUUCUAUACGACGGACAGUUCGUUUGGUCCCAGAAAAGCCAAAAAUCAUGCAAUCCCUACCUCUGUAAUAUAGACACCUCUAUAAAGCGGACACUUGGUUCUGUCCCUUUAGUGUCCGUAUUAAAGAGGUUUGACAUUAUUAUAAGUAACGUGCAUUUCCAUUCCAAAAUAACUCAAAGAAGAAGUUCACGGCAAAAUUAUUACAUAAUUUAAUAAGAAAAAUAAUAUUAUUACAAAUGAAAGUCUUACUUAGUUACAUGUAAGACUGCAUAAAAUCGCAUUAGGAAAUCUAAACUGCUGCCUUAAUUCUUAUUAGCAAGUACCAGUACUUGGUGGAUCAUCCCCAAAAAUUAUUGUUAAAGCCUACACAAACUGAUGAGAGGCCAUUAUUGGGGAGUAUCAGGCUGAUGCUACAACGACGAUAGUGAUGCAAACAAAACUAGCCAUAGGCUUUAUAUACAAAUGUAUAAGCCAACAUCUCUACACAUGUAUCUCACUUAUUGUCGCCACUCUGCUGUAAGUGCAUGGCUACAACUUGGACCUGGCUGUGGCAUACAAAGUAGUCUACGAGAAUUUGCCUACAUCUGAGUUUGAAUAGUAAUGACAAACUGCACACUUUUAACAAGCGACUCACUUUCACAAUGCAUCUAUCUUACACUCCCUGUUUUAUAGUUUUAGGAUAAUCCAUUGACUGUCCUGUAAUUUCAGCAAUUUUAAUGAACACAGUCGAGUAAAGAUUGACUUUUAGAAUAAAACUCUUAUCACCUUUCAAUUACCCUCCCACGCAGGCGUUUUUAGGGGAGCUCGUAUUUCUUCCCUCCCCACAAACGCCUGCUCAACGGAAAACAACAUUCCUUUCUCAUUGUUUUAUUUGCGUGGUAAGUGACCAAUCAACAAUUGUGCAAUAAAGUGUUGACAGGCUAAACACGACUGAACGUGACCCUAGAGUUACCGUUUUCCUUCUUUUCUUUCCUUCACUAAGGUUAUGCAGUGCACGGAGUAUUCUGAAUUUUGACUAAAUCUUAUUUUUGCCGCUCUGAAUCUAACAUUUAUUGCAGGUCAGAAAGCUUUCCCAGUGUUUAAUGCAGAUCGAGUAAUUAUCAGAUUACCUUGCGGUCAAGGUCAACUUUCCAGAAUUUGGAAAGUACAAUGUGAUUGGCUAAGCUUGGGAAAGGAAUGUUGUCUUCAGUUGAGCAGGCGUUUGUGAGGAGGGAAGAAAUACGAGCUCACCUAAAAACGACUGCGUGGGAGGCUACUUUCCAAUAAGAUUGUGCAAUUUAGUUAGAGUUGAUCAUCACAGGAUCAUCCUGACUAAAGGCACAAUAAUACAUUAGGGACUUUAAGCAAAUUGCUACAGUGACCUCUACUAUGGUGGUCGUGGUUACAGUCCUGAAGAGAGUAUGUUACUGUUGCCCGUCAAAUUUCAACUUUAUGCAAGUGGCACCCAAAAGUCACUACAGGGCUUUUCGCUCAUUUGGUUUCGUUGUCAGUAAAACGCAGGGAAGACUGAAUUAUUGCCCAGUGAACUAGAACUAGAAGGGUCGAAUACCUUCUUGAUUAAGAGAAAAAAAAUGCUAGGUUUUAAACCAGUGAAAAAUAGGGGAAAAGUAGAAUUUUAUACUCAUGUACAAGCCAUCACAUUUUGUGCUUCGGCUAAAGCUCAUUAUUUUUCUGGACAUCACGCACACGGCGUCAUUUUUGGACUUAUUACUCCCAGUUGCCAUAGUAGCGAUCACUGUAGCAAUUUGUUACUUUGAUAUUAUUGGCAUCCUGCCCAUGAAGGGCAGUUAGUUGGUACUGGUCUGUCUGACAAGUCUGCCUCUUUGACAUGCAAGCCUCACAAAAGGCGUCAAGAACAGCAUUGAUGUUUCUUAGCUUUGACCUCUCUGAGCAUAGUGGCCUGAUGUACCUGGGUUGUGGAUCAUUGGCCCUCUCUUCAUUGUCUUCACUCUCCUCCAAAGACAUAAAUUGGAUAGCAUUGUGUAGGUCUAAUAAAGCCUUUAUUUUGGCUUUGUCAUCUGGAGAAAGUUGUGCCUUGUCCAACACCUCUGUGUGAUUCGUCAAUUUCUGAACACCAAAAAAACUUAUUUAGUCACAGUGGCAUGACUACUAUGAUAAACAUUUAAUUAACAUUUACGUUCUUCAGUAACAGUUUAGUCUGGUAAAAUAGUCACCCUAACUAUUUUGAAUCUUUAGAUUUGGUUCUUGCUCUUUACUCUGAGCAAUUUACACUACAAUCAAACCUUGCAUAUAAAUGGAAAGGACACUGUUAAUAUUAAAAAUGUCAAAGGGGGUAGGGUGUGGCCCUAGUGCAUUCUAUAACAAUCAUUAAUUAUGUAUGCAUAAUACAAACGUGCAAAACAUGUGUUGUGUUCUUCAAAAAAUGAAAGAGCCUUGUGCCCUUAACCUGAAAGAUCCAGGUACCCAGGAUGAAUGUGUUUGAACAAACUAAGACUUCCUUGUCGCCCAAGAGCAACAGUAAUGCAACAGGGGCCACCAGGCACUGCCAAAGCACAGCUCUGUUGCAGGACAGGCUAAAUAAAUCACUAAGUGGAUGACUUAAACUACACAGUAAAAAUAUUUGCACUGCAAGCAUUAACAAAAUAAUGUACAUGUAUUUUACCUACCUUUUAGCUCUCAAAUUGGAAUCUUGUCUGAACUCUGUGUUCUUCAAGUUUUCCAUUUUACUGCCUUACCACAUCUGCACGGGUACUUCUCUGACUCCAGUGCUGAAAAAUGGCCCCUAGCAAAAGGAAAGCAUGUUAAAUGUGCAGGUCUGUAGAAAAGGAAUUAAGAGUGCUUCUUGGUGUUGCUAAAAGUAUUGUGGUUUGCUCCUGUUUUUGGUGUGGGUAUUAUUUAGUGGCUUUUCCAUCUUUUGUAUUUAUGUCAUUGGGGAUUACACUUGUCGGCAACACCAAGAAACUACAGUGGAACCCCGUUAACAUGGUCAUCAAUGGGCCAAAAAGUUUUGCCGUAUUAAUGGGGUGACGGUAUUAAUGAGGGUUUGUUUACAAGAAAAUGUAUGGUGGUUUUGCCAGGCGGCCAAAAAAAGUGGCCGUAAUAACAAGGUGACUGUAUUACCGAGGUGGCUGUAAAGGCGGGGUUUCACUGUAAGAAAUUCAAGAAACUUAGAAAAGUGUACAACUUACCUUUUAUCUCUGUUUUGGGCCAUUUCUUUUACCCAAAAUUCCCCUCACUUCAUUAACCAAAAUACCCUCAAUGUUUUUGUUCUCCACAUCAGUAUACCUCAAAGAAAUAAAGACAAAAAAAAAUGUCAAAUAUUUAUAUCAAAAUAAUAAUACAUGUAUUACAUGUAUCGUAACAGCCUCGUUCUAAAAAAACUAGAGAGCUUAAAAUCAGGCAGUUUUCUGGUAGUGCAUUACAAUGAAAAAUAUUUAAAAAAUGAUGGUUGCUUUUAUCAUCGAAUAAAGCCGUUAUCCAAGUGCUUGAGGCACAAAACAAAAUUAAAGUGUAACAAUAUAAAAAAACUGUGUAAUCAUCAAGUUGAUCUCCUUGUGGCAUUUGUAAAAAUUGAAAGUAUCAUUAACACAAGCACCAUUUUGUCCACUCAAAGAAGGAUAAAUAGAAUAAUUCCAACUUCCCACUUAAAGAUGGGCACCUUACUUGAGUCAGUGAAGGUUGCUUUGUCAUCGAAUAAAGCUUUUAUCCUUGUUUUCAAAGCUUAACAACAAAUUGAAGUGUAAAGAAAUAAUUAUAAAAUUCCUGACUAGUAUUCUUGUUUAUCUCCUGGUGACUGUUGCAACAUUUGAAAUAUCAUUGACACAAGCACUACUUUGUCCACUCAAAGAUGGAUAAAUAGAAUUGCAACUUCCCACUCAAAGAUGGGCGUCUUACUUGUGUCAAUGAAGGUUGCUUUGUCAUCGAAUAAAGCUGUUAUCCUUGUGUUCGAAGCUUAACAACAAAUUGAAGUGUAAGGAAAUUAUAUUCCUGAAUAAUAUUCUUGUUUAUCUCCUGGUGACUGUUGCAACAUUUGAAACAUCAUUGACACAAGCACUACUUUGUCCACUCAAAGAUGGAUAAAUAGAAUUGCAACUUCCCACUCAAAGAUGGGCGUCUUACUUGUGUCAAUGAAGGUUGCUUUGUCACCGAAUAAAGCUGUUAUCCUUGUGUUCGAAGCUUAACGACAAAUUGAAGUGUAAGGAAAUUAUAUUUCUGAAAAAUCUUCUUGUUGCAACAUUUGAAAUAUCAUUGACACAAGCACUACUUUGUCCACUCAAAGAUGGAUAAAUAGAAUUGCAACUUCCCACUCAAAGAUGGGCAUCUUACUUGUGUCAAUGAAGGUUGCUUUGUCAUCGAUUAAAGCUGUUAUCCUUGUGUUCGAAGCUUAACAACAAAUUGAAGUGUAAAGAAAUAAUUAUUAUAUUCCUGACUAGUAUUCUUGUCUAUCUCCUGGUGACUGUUGCAACAUUUGAAAUAUCAUUGACACAAGCACUACUUUGUCCACUCAAAGAUGGAUAAAUAGAAUUGCAACUUCCCACUCAAAGAUGGGCGUCUUACUUGUGUCAAUGAAGGUUGCUUUGUCAUCAAAUAAAGCUGUUAUCCUUGUGUUCGAAGCUUAACGACAAAUUGAAGUGUAAGGAAAUGAUAUCCCUCUACAAUCUUGUGACUUUUAGAACCUUUCUGCACCAUCAUAUUAAACUUGUUAUUGUGCAUGUACACAAAGAGAAAAGGUUCCUUUUAACACUACAAGUCUCGUAACAAGCACUACAUUUAUUUCAAUUUUGAACAAUUCCCAUCGGUAGUAAGGAAAUGCACGUUGUCUGCAAAAAAUUAAUAUGAACAUAUUAUUUUUGUACAGGUUUAUCCUUGUGAUAAACAUCUACAGUCUCAGAAAUUGGAGUGGAAAUGUUUUGUACAUUUCAGUGUCAAGGAAUUUUUAUAUAAUAUUUUUCUGUCAUUGCUAUUGGAUUCCGUACUCCGUUCCGUGAUUCCGUUUCCUCAUUUCAGAUUAAGUAUUUUACGGCUGCCAUCUUCGCCAUUAAAAUGUGCAUGCAGCAACUAUGUCUUUAUUGUAAAAGAAAUCAGACAAAGACGUGCUUUACAGGCAUAUGCUAUCAAAGAAACUACAGGCAACAUACAAAGGUCAGAUCUGUACGAAGCAACUCGCUGUCGCAUGAAGCUCACAUGUGAAACGAUUUUUAUGAUCGACAUCGAUGAAAUGCUCCCAAAGCUAUUACAUAGACUUAAAUAUGCCUCUAUAUAUUUAAACAAGAUUCAGAAUGUACUUACGAAACAACAAGGAUCCACAGUUUAAAAUAAGCGUUCUUUCUUCUCAAUGAUGGUUGAAACACUCAGGGUGCAUUCGAGUCGCGAAGAGUGAACACUGAACUCCUUCAUCACCGCUUCCAUGGGAUUUGGCGUUUCGUUUAAAUAGUUUUUCGAAGUAUUAUUUCUCUCUGCAGUCUAUCUCCGCAAUCUAUCACACUCUCCUCGCUUAUCUUGACAAAAAAAUGGUCCUGCAUGAACAAACCACCAAAAUGGAAGGCGAACCGACAGCGAAGAAUGUUCAAAAGGGCGCGCGAUUCAAAAUCCAACGUGAAAACGAGGCACGCAUGCUCGUAACACUCGCGCCCCCAGAGCGAGGCAAAAUGCGUGCAAGCGUUAUAAUUUAUUUGGCUGUUUCUAAAUUGUUUCAAAUUACGCGUCAAUGUUUGGAGCGCUAGUAAUUUUAAUGACACAUCUUUGAAUCUCUGAAAAAGGAAGACAGAGAGAAUCAUCUAUCACUUUUCCAGUAUUUACGACGUGUAGUUUAGCGCAGGCGAUUAUCUCUGUUCUUUCGGAUAUUUUAGGUCAAUGCAAUGAUUCCUCAUCUUGCCUGAAGCGUAAUCAGUACAGUUAAAACAAAUUUUAUUAUAUGAAAAAUAUUAAAAAUAGUGCUGUUGCCGAGAAAUCCUUGGCAGCACAUCGCCUACUUAAAAUUAAAUCAACCGAAGAUAAAAGCUACCAAAUUUCCGCAGAAAAUUGUCUGCGGAAACGCGACUGAUACGGCCUUGUACAUUUCAGCCAACGGAAACGCUGCGGAAACGCUGCGGAAACGCGAAACGCGACCUCAUUUUGCUCUUACGUGUUUCCGCCCUCCGGAAAUGUGACGGAAACUUGAACCAUCAGAUUUCCGCAAGAUUUCCGAAAUACGGAAACGCCUUAUUUCACCCUGUGACAGUUACAGGUGAAAACGAGACUGGUGUUGACCUUGUUUUGAUACAAACCUUCUUGCUUUAUCAUGUAAAUCAGGUUUUUCGCAUGCUAACCGCCAAUUUUUCAGAAUAAUUUCCAUAAGAAAAGGAAAGAGGUUUGUAUCAAAACAAGGUCAACCCUAGCCUGACGUCUUCUCAUAGGCUAGGAUACUAAGCCCACAACUACUCGGAAGUUGCACUCAGCCUCAUUGAAUAAUUACGUACUAAGUAUUCUUCCGUCCUUGUUCAUAAUAUAACCCUAGCCUCCCACGUAGACAAUCUUUUGGCUCGAAACACACAUCCUCCCCGGCUAAGAACGUCUGCGUGGGAGGCUAUUUAAUAAUUAUUCCUUGAGCCCUCAUCGGCUAUGAGUCAAUAGCCCAUGAGGGCGAAGGCGAGAGGAAAAAUUGUUUUAGUAAAAUCCAACUAGUUGGUAAAAAAUAUCUAGACAAAACAACUUUAGCUAGCUAAAGCUAGACUUUAAUCAUUUUUUGCCUACCAAAUUAUCGGCGCUUUUCGCUACCAGUGGGCUAUAACAUAUAGCCUAGUAGUAGCUCAACCAAUCAGAACGCCUGGCAGCAUGAUAAUAGACCACUAGCUGUAUUUUACUAAUAUCAAAUAUAUCGUAUCCGUAACAAUUUAUUGGUAUGCUAAUGCUUUUCCCUCUGACCGAAACGUUUUCCCCCGGCUUAAAAAUUGCGUUGCCUUUUUUCCCACAGAACGUUUUUGUUUGUUUAUGAAAAAUCAUACCAAUAGAUUUUAUGCAUGAUUUAUUUUUUUAUAACGAUGAUCAAACGCCUUGAAGUCAUAAGCGAGGACGUUUAAAGAAUGGAUGAUCCUUUGCCUCUUAAUUUAUUUGCAAGAAAGCUUUUGAAUUACGAAUUAUGAAGUCGAACUAUCUAAGGCAAACCUAGGGUUAGAUGUCCCCCUUAACCAUUAGGUUUUUCGUGAAACAAUACGCAGGCAAAACGAGGAUGCUGCCAUCAGUCGUUUUGAUCAUGUAGACAUAAGUUAUACCCCGGUAUACAUCGAAAAGGCACACGUACACACGUUUAAUGCAAAUACAAUUUGGACACUAAUACAAAACGGCGAAUACAGCUGUUAAGUUAAUAUAUAUUGAAAAAUAUUCAAUGUUUCCAUAAAAUGGGCGAGAAAAUCGAUAAAAAAAUGAGUGACUGAGCCCACGUGCUCGGAUCAAAAAGACAAGAAAGGUAAAACAAUAAUUCGAAAACUUAAGGGAAUAAAAUGAGAAAAGAUGCGUAGUCAAUAUUAAUUUAUUUCCUAAAAAGAGACAGAAAAUGCAUAAAUUGAGUUGCCGCACCGUCCCGGUGCUGACCAAAACCAACAAAAUUUCUUAUCAUAAGUUCUCACUGUUGAUUCAGUGGUCGGCUGAGUUGAAAAAGGUCGUCAUAACGUUUCCUGAUCAAACUUUGUCACUCAUUUUGGUUUCACAUUUUCAGAAUAACAUAGGAUCGGAUCAAACUGAAGUGGCUGUUCUUCCUAAGAAAGGAAGAGCAAGAAUCAUUGGUUUAUCAUCGUCAUUAACAAUAAUUCAGAGAAACAGCUGCUUCAGGAAGUCUCCCGUAUAGCCACCCAUUCUAAUUUCAAUUUACAAAAUUAAUACCACCAACACCAUUUUGAAUGUUGCCUCCAUGGAAAACGAGACACAAAGCGUCCAAGUCAACUAUAUUUUGACCGUUGGCCACAUUAUUAUCAACGGCAUCGCUUGUCCCUUCACCGUUCUGUUAAACGUGUUGGUCAUCCUGGUGGUAAAGAGGCGACCAAGCCUACAGAGCAACACAAACAUCCUGCUUUCCUGUUUAGCGGUAACUGAUUUGUUGACUGGUCUCAUAGCGCAACCAUCAUUCGUUGUUUGGAAAACUUUGAAUGUUCUUAAAAACAUCAACUUUACUGCAGUCAAAGAGGUUCACAAAAAUUUUUUUUCGUGCUUUUAUCAUAAGUUCAUCACUCCAUUUAAUGUUAGUAAAUUGCGAGAGGCUGUUGGCGAUUAAAUAUACAAACCAUUAUUUAUACAUAGCCACAAGGCGAAAUAUUAAGGUAUCGGUCGUUUUAUCAUGGUUCUUUUCUUUCAUCAUUAGCGGAUUGAGGUAUAUAAAAUAUGAUAUUUCAAGGUAUGUAAUGAAAACUUUGCAUUUUCUUGCGAUAUCUUUUAGUGUUGUUUUUAUUGUAGUAGCUUACAUUAUUUUGUAUCUUGAAACUCUUCGUCACCGAAAGAAAAUCAGAACUCAGCAGCUUCCACAACAGGAAAUUGAAAGAUUCGUUAAAGAAAACAAAGCGCUGAAGACAACUGUACUUGUUGUAGGUGCCGUGGUGCUGUGUUUUCUACCGAUGGCCGUGUAUCAGCUGUUAACAACAUUGUCGUCGAGAGGAAAUAAAAAACUUCUUUAUGACACCGAACUGGUGGAGCGUCUGACUCUCAUGGUUCGCACGGCUGGUAUGUUAAACUCUCUUGUAAAUCCAUUGAUUUAUUGU